AUUAAUUACUUCUGUUUAAACCUCUUAAGUCAUAAGCUACUUUUCAUGGACAACAAAUUUUGUAUAUAGAGAUAAUGUUUACAAAUGUGAGUUAGCAAGCACUGAACAAUAACAAAAUGGCUACCAAUUUUAGUGCCUCACAGACACAAGGCAAUGAUGAAGUGAAAGAAAUGUAUUGUGAGGAAUGUGAAAAACAUGAAGACAGUUAUGCACCUGCAGACGGAUUCUGUGAGGACUGUGUGGAGUAUAAAUGUGCGGACUGCUGUAGAUAUCACAGGAGACAUUUUAAAAACCACACAGUUAAAGAUAAGGACAACAUGCCACAAGAUUUCUAUUUUGAGAAGUGUUCAGCUCAUCCUAAAGAGCUUAUAAAGUUUUUCUGUUCUGAGUGUGAAAAAAGUGCAUGUCAAGAGUGUAAGGAUAAAGAUCAUCAAAAUUGUAAUAAUGUAACUCAUUUGCCAACACUUGUUAAAGACAUCAAACCAAGUACUGGUACAGAACUUAAAGAUCUUAAAGAAAAUCUUGACAAACUCUCGAACGAUGUAAAAAAUACAGAAAAGGAGAUGGGUGACAAAUGUGUAAUAAUUGAUUCACUAGAAGGUCGGGCAAAAUCAACAGUAAAGCAGCACAAUGACCAACUGAUUGAAAAUUACGAACAGCAGCAGAAAGAAAUUAUUGAUAAUUUCGAUAAGAAAAUGGAAGAAACCAUUGCUAAGCUGAAGAAAGAAAGGAAAAAUCUGGUGGAGGAGUUAGCAGAAAAGAAAUCCAUGUUUAAGGCUAAGAUCAGUGAUGCAGAGCAGAACAUUGUAAAAACAGUUGAAAACUUAAAUGCUGAAUUCAAAACAUUAAAAAAGAAACAACUGACAUUGGUAGAUGAUUUAAAGAAACUAUCAGCUGAUCUUGAACAGGCUCAGGUAUUGGGUCAGAAUUGUAAACUAUUUCUCACAAUGAAACUUACAAAAAGAAAUCAUGAACAACUUUCCCAGAAUAUGCAAGAGCUACAAAACAACUAUAUACGUUGUUACAAAGUUGAACCAAAUAUUGAUUUGAAGCCAUCCAUCCAAUCUCUAGAGAGCAGAACAACUUUCUUCUCCUACAAAGAAAUACAUGAAUCAGCUAUAGAGAAAACUGCUACUUUUCAUUCAGACAUAAACUCUGAAUCUAAUUCUUUCUUAAGUUUAAAUGAAAACACACUUCUAGCAGCUGAUAAUUGUAGUCGCUCUCUUGUCAUAUUUAAAAUAACAAAGAUAAAUAUACAAAGCUAUGAUACAGUAAAUUUUGAAAUGCUCUCAGGACCUUGGGCCAUCACAAAAGUUGCAGACAAUAAAGUUGCUGUUACAUUUCCAUGUGAAAGAAUGAUCAGAUUGAUAACAUUUUCUGAAUCAAUGUCUGUGGUCAAUGCUGAUGAUAUAACAGUCAGAAAAGGGUAUUAUGGUAUUGCUUACAGUAAUAACAAUUUAAUAGUCAGUACUAUGGGGCCUGUUACUGUUCAGGUGCUAGACAUGUCUGGUCGUAUAGUAAGAACUAUUGACAAAGAUUCUAUGGGUAAGCCUCUGUUUACCCAACCUUGGUACCUGGCUAUCAGUCCAGACCAUACAACCAUAUAUGUGUCAGACAGCAGCAGAAACACUGUGCCAAGUAUGACCUUUGAUGGUAAGGUCAAGGCCAUCUACAAGGAUGGUCAGCUGAAUGGACCAUGCCAACUGACAGUAGAUGAGUCAGGGACAGUAUAUGUGUGUGGGAGUGGGUCAAACAAUGUUCAUCAGUUAUCAUCUGACCUUAACAAAGUUAAGAUAUUGCUGAAUGAAAGCCAUGGAAUGAACUAUCCAGUGAGUGUUGCUUACUGCCAGAAUAACAACAGACUGUAUGUAGGAAUGUCUCCUGGGAAAAUUAAAGUGUUUAAUAUAAGAGUAAAAUAAAACACUUCUUAUGCAUCCACAAUGAAUGAUAGUUUCAAUUAGAUGGAAAGUGACAAAUCAGUUUUGUUCAUUUCUGAAAUGUCUGUUUUUAAAUACUUCAAAUGGAUUUCUCUUACAAAAAUAUGUGUAUAUAAAAACAGAUGUCAAUCAUGACACUUUUAUUUCAGAGAUGUCUUUUCUUAUAAUUUAAAGAAUACAAUAAAACUGGAUUCUAGUCUGAUCUUUUUUGUACUGUUCAUGACAUUUCAAAUCAAAUUAAAAAGUUAAACAAAACCAAUCAGUUGAUACAACAAAAUUAAUGUAGACUCAUUUUUACUAUACUUGAAACCUAUAAACUCUAUACAGUGUAAUAUGGUUGAGUUUUUCAUGAUUAAGAUAGUUAACUAAAUUUUCUGUUCAAUUAUUUCCUAAUUGUUCAAACAAGAUCAAUGUGCCACCGGAAUUUGAUAAUUUUUCAGUAAUUCUUUUUGUUUUUCUGUUAAAUGCUUGUAAAAAGUAAAAGUGCAUGAAAAAAGCAAAUAAUGAGCUGGAAUAGGUAGUAUUAAAGCUAGUUUUCUACAAUGGUUGUGUAUCAUUCAGGAUUUGUCAGUGCAAGUAAAUAUAUUACUACUUUAAGUUUUAUAUGUAAAAAUUUUGUAAAUAAAUUAUAAAAUGCUGAGCUUUUUUCCUCAGAUAAUCCUUCUAUAAGCAAAGUU